UUUUUGAGACGCCGUUGUCAACCAACACAAUUUUAUCAAACAUUGACGAUUGCUGUGUGAAACUGUAGAAUGACUGACUUAAUUAAGUAACGAUUGAUUAAAUAAUUGUUUUACGAAAGCCCAGCAAUACGUAUAAAACAAGAUGAGAACUGUUCCAAAGUGGGUGAACAAAAUUCAUGAAGCCGACAAAGUUGAAUUUUCCAGUGUCCACACAAUAUGCUUUAGUCCAGAUGGAAGCCAGCUGGUAGUAGGUGCUGGUGAGAAGGUUAUGGUCUACGACCCUAGAGAUGGAGCUCUCGUCCAGUUACUCCAAGCCCACAAAGGAGCAGUCCAUGCAGUUGCUUAUUGUGGUGAUGGCAAGAAGUUUGCAAGUGGCAGUGCCGAUAAAAAUGUUAUUAUUUGGACUUCCAAAAUGGAAGGGAUAUUAAAAUAUUCCCACAGUGAGCCAAUCCAGUGCCUUGCUUACAACCCAGUGACAUACCACUUGGCAUCAUGUGCUCUCACUGAUUUUGCCUUUUGGUCUAUGGAUGUCAAAGCAGUCCAGAAGUACAGGGUUUCUGGACGAAUCACAAGUUGUGCCUGGUCUACUAAUGGUCAGUACCUGGCGAUAGGUCUGGCUAUUGGCGCAGUGUCUAUCAGGGAUAAGAUGGGUGAUGAGACAUACAGAAUAGCUCGUGAUGCAGCAGUGUGGGCUGUAGCAUUUUCAAAAUCAGUACUGGUUGUAACAGAUUGGAAUGAUACUUUGUCCUUCUAUAACACUCAAGGACAACAGAUCUUGAAGGACAGAAACAUUGGCAUAUCUGCAUUGUCUGUGACGAUGCUUGGAGCUUUGGUCCUGGUUGGGGGCAUCGGUGGGUGGGCUGUAUUGACAUCAGAAGGGGUUCCAAUACUAAACACGCCACAGGAGUGGGUGUGGUCUAUUGCACCCUCGCCCACGUUUAAUAAUCUGGCAGUGGCAUGUCAAGACGGCACACUCUGGUGCUACCAAAUGGUGUUCAGCACGGUACACGGUUUGUACCGCGAGAGGUACGCGUACAGGGAGAACAUGACUGACGUCAUUAUACAACAUCUCACCACCGGCAACAAAGUCCGCAUCAAAUGUCACGACAGAGUGCAGAAAAUUGCUAUUUACAAACAUAGACUUGCUGUGCAAUUACCAGAACGCGUGGUGGUAUAUGAGCAAGGUGAUGUAGAAGGAAUGCUGUACAGGGUCAGAGAGAAACUGCCUCAGAAGACAGAGUGCUCACUCCUCGUUGCUACCAGUGAUGCUUUACUUUUGUGUCAGGAUACAAAACUAUCAAUAAUUGGGCGACAAAUACCGAAAUCAUGGACGGUCCCUGCACCAAUACGUUAUGUUAAAGUCACCACGCUAUACUUUGAAGAAGUUCUGCUGUUAGGACUAAUGAACGGGCAGAUAUGGCAGGUUGAACCGUGGCAAGGCAGUGCUAAAAUGGUGCUUCACACUCCAGCAUCAGUACGAUGCCUAGAUGUGAGUGCUUCCCGCGCCUACCUCGCCGUCGUCGACGAAUCUUCUGUUUGCAGAGUGUACAAACUAGCUACAAGUGAACUGCUAUUUACGGAAGAGAACAUAUCCUCAGUCUCGUGGAACUCUUGGUGUGACGAGCUGCUGAGUUUAUCUGGUGGUGGUCUACUUUCUAUAAAGGCCUGUCACUUUCCUCCUGCCACACAACCGCUGGUUGGCUCCGUCGUUGGAUUCCAGGGUGGGCGAGUAUUUUGCUUGCAAGCGAAUUCGAUGCAAACUAUCAAGGUGCCACUGUCCCAUGCUGUUCAUCAAUACAUUCACCAUAAAAUGUUCAAUGAAGCAUAUUCAGUAGCCUGCCUAGGCGUGACGUCACUAGACUGGGAGCGUCUUGGCAUGGCUGCUUUAGAAGAACUGGCCUUCGAAAUCGCUAGAAAAGCCUUCCAACGAAGCGAGAAUAUUAUGUUCCUGAACCUCAUUGAUCAUUUACAGGAACGCUUCGAGGCUGGUGAGAAAAGGGCAGUGGUAUUAGGCGAAGUGAUGGCGUACCGAGGCCGGUAUGCUGAUGCAGCGCGCUCUUAUCGAAGUGUGGGCCGAGAUGAAAAGGCAUUAAACUUAUAUGUCGACCUCCGGAUGUUCAAUAAAGCUCAAGAAUACGUAGGCGAGGGCGAAGGCUUAGCGGCGCUCGCUCGACGCAGAGCAGAGUGGGCUAGACAUGUGAACGAGCCCCGGGCGGCCGCUGAGAUGUAUCUCGCGGCAGGAGACGUAAAACGAGCUGCAGAACUUAUGGCGGAAACUGGUAGAAGAGAUAUGUUAAUCGAGUUAGCACGUAAACUGGACAAGGGUUCGAGUGGCUCUCUUCGGUUUGUGGCUGAGGCGCUAGUGAAGGCUGGUGAGCCAGCGACUGCCGCAGACGUCUACCAACGACUUGGAGACUAUACUAAAGUUGCGCAACUAGCAGUGGCUGCGGGAGAAUGGUCGCGAGCGUUCACAUUGGCUCGGGAGCAUGCUGAGUGUAAACGUGAAGUUUACUUACCCUACGCGCACAGAAUGGCGCAGGAGAACAAGUUCGUUGAAGCACAGAAAGCGUACCACAUGGCUGGUGAAACAACAACGGCGAUGCGUGUGUUCACGAUACUAGUCGGUAAUGCUGUAGCCGAAGAGCGGUUUUCCGAUGCGGGCUAUCUUCACCACUUACUGGCUAUGCAGUGCUUAGAAACUGCUGCUGCAGCUACUACUGAUAAAGAACGCAAUAGAUCGCUGCGUGAUUACGCCCACAACGACCGUUUGGCCCGUAUCUACCACGCAUACGACGUCGUGCACCGCUGCGUUCACGAGCCAUUUUCUCUCAGCCAACCAGAAGCUUUAUUGAACGCGGCGCGGUAUAUCUUGGCGUUGUUAGAUGUUGAACCACCCACUGGAGUUUCUAUGUUUUGCUUGUAUCUUUGCUUAUCGAAACAAGCAAAAGCUUUGAAUGCGAACACGCUGGCUCGGCAAAUGUUGGACAAAAUAUUGGGAUUGCAGAUACCACACAAGUUUCAGGAGAGUGUAGAGCUACUAAUCCUGAAGACUCGCGCUAGUACUGGGGGAGUGUCUCGGGACGACGAGGUGGCGCCACUGUGUUGGCGUUGUCGACGUCACACGCCCCCGCUGUGUGCCACUCGAUGUCCUUUCUGUAGACAUGCGCUUGCGCACUCACUCGCUACACAUGAAGUCCUGCCUCUAGUCCAGUUCGAGCCUGCAGAAGGGAUAAGUUUUGAAGAAGCGUUAGACCUGAUAGAACGCGCCCCGCUCCCAGAGUCUACCCUCGCAGACAACACAGACUACGGAGCUGAAGUACUGAGAAUCGACCACGAUGUGGACAGCACUGACCCGUUUCUAGAUAAAGUUGAUGAGGACGAUGAUGUUGGAGUAGUCGUAUGCAGUCGGGGAGCGUUACUGCAACUCAGUCCAGCGAGUGUGAUAGUGAUCAACCGGCCUCCACUUCGACCUGUCAUGUACCGCAACAUGUUACCUGAACUACCAGCUACUGCAUGUCAGCAUUGCCAUAAGCUGUUCUACUUAGAAGACUUCGAGAUCCAGUUGGUGACAAAGGGUCACUGUCCGUUCUGCCGCUAUCCUGCUGAGGAACCUAAGCCUGAUGAUGAAGAAACCGAAGACUCCUUGCUGAACGACUCCAGCCCCACUCCGACUAGUCCCAGCAAUGAUCGCGGUUCUUGGUGAUAUGUUAACAGCUAUACUUUAAAACUCUCACUAUGAGAUUUUAUUGAUGUUCGACUUCUUUAACGGGAUAAGGUUGGAAAUCAGUGAAAACCUAUUUCAAUUUUGGUAGAUUGAUAGUGUUAGUGUGUAUAAAAUAUGUAUGAAAUACUUAGUUGUUGUUACGUUGUUUUAAAAAUGAAGUCUUAAGCUUCAUUCACUGUCUAAAAGUCUGAUAAGAUAAAUCAGUAAUUAGAGGUUCGUUAUACAUAAUGUCACAAUGAGUGCAGUAGACAAUUGUUAGUAUUUUGGUGUAACUGUUACAGUUUUCUGGUUUAUACACUAAGAACUAUGAUGUCUAAUAAUAUAAGUUAUCCACCUGAUGAUUAGUAUAUGUCCUAGUAUAUGAAUGUAUGCGAGUCGAUUUAGUGUCACCAUAAUAUGUCAUGACGUUUUCGAUAAAUGUGUUUGCGCUACGCGGUAUGUUAACUCAUCGACACACACCUACACUAGUCGAAAAUUUGUGUUCUUCAGUUUACAGUCGGCUGUUAAAGACAUUGUAGUAUAUUUAACCAUUAAAAGCAAUUAAUUAAUUACAUACAUACAUAACCUCACGCUUGUCUCCCAUGCGGUAGCCAUUUAAUUUCAUUAAUUAUAAAACUACAAUACACAAUAGACACUCGCGCCGUUUCAUCUUUUAAGUACGACUGCAUGCGUCCAAAACAACUUACUUCUAACGCCGCAAAUACUAUAAUCUAAUCUGAAUGGCCAAGGAAAAUAUAGUGUAACCUUUUUUUGAGGAGUGGGAAAUUAUGCAAUGACUUCUUCCACCUUGAAUGAGGCGAGAGGGAGUGUCAGAACACACACUCACUCAAGGCGGGAGUGACAAGAGACUCUUACUGACUAAAAACCACCCCGUUCCUACUUCUGCGAGCCGGAGCCCCGGCAACCCGUUAACUCCUCCGCAGCUUCUUCUCUUCAGCCUUACUGCGCCCUAUCUGUGGUAGCCUGAUGGCUCUUAGAGGCGCGCGCAGAACGCGACGAAGUUUUUGACGCUCUUUGUAAAUAGUUAUU